AGCCAGCACUGUCCCUUCUGCCAGACCAUGUUCCACCAGCAGGACCCUCUGAAGACCCCCCAGCAGGAGAGCCACGCAGCCAGCAGGCAGCUCUUCCACUGCCACCAGUGUGGGAAGCAGUAUAACACCCAGCUGGGUUACAGACGCCACCUGGUGGCAGCCCACAGCGCCGCAGCAGGCCUGCCCUGCCCAGAGGGGGCGUCGUCACUGCUGGAGCACCUGGGCAGCCAUAUAGAGCGGCCAGCUCCGUUAGAGGGCAACACGAACGCCACAGUGCCAGUGAGAGAGAGGAAGUACUCGUGUGAGAGGUGUGACCGCCGCUUCUACACCCGUAAGGAUGUGCGGCGUCAUGCUGUGGUGCACACUGGGCGCCGUGACUUCCUGUGCCCGCGCUGUGCUCAACGCUUUGGCCGCAGAGAUCACCUGACCCGCCACUUGAAGAAGAGCCACGCCCAGGAGUCAGGGUUGAUGCCACCUUGUGCUCCCAGUACCCCUGUUGCUACGCCGACCCCCGCCACGCAGUGCACCGUGAAGGAGGAGCCCAGCCCUGUGACCUCUGACCUGGUCCCCGUCUCCAAGGAGCCCUUGGAGACAUUCUCCAGGGACAUGUACAACUCCUACCCCAUGGCCAGUCCUGUCCCUGGGAUGGGCCAUCCUCAUGGCCUCAUGCAGGGCUCCUUGUCCUCAGGCAUGGGUGUGGGUCGCCACAUGCCCCCCCAAUCUUCUCACCACCAUCACCUGCAGCCUCCAGCAGCGGCGCAGCAGCAGUCCUACAGCAACAUGACAAGGUACCAGCACGGAUCUACCUCAUAUCCUCGCUCCGACGUGGACAGCUUCCUGCUGGACCUGCAGAGUGCCCCCCCACCUCACCUGAGUGCAGUCAAUUCCUCUACCUCUACUUCUGCCUCCCCCCAGAGGGAGGUGCUGGGUGAAGGCGUGGGCUCUGGCGGCGAGUCUCACCUUCUGUGCCGGAGUCCUGCUGUGUCCUCAGCCGAGCUGUCCUGCUCCACCAACAUGGACCUGGGACCUCUGCUGGGGUUCCUGCCUUUCAGCCUGCCACCCUACAGCCCCCACAUGGGGAUGGGGGGGUUAGUGAUGAGCUAUCCACCCACCACCACCACCACUUCCUCUCCAUCUUCCAACACUGGGCUGUCCUCCCAGGCCCCAGGGCCUUUCACCUUCUUCCAGCCUCCCCAGGUUCACGUACCCCAGGGCCCUGGAGCCCACAACCACAGCCAACUACCUCAGGCCUACAGCAGUCCUGCUAUGAGCACUUCCAGCUCCCUACCUCACUACUACCAGGCUUUUCAGCAGUGAGCAGCUCUGUCCCACAAACACUCAUGUUUCAUGAAAAGGGCAAAACAUCUGUAUUGUAAACCAGAUGUGUAACUUUAGCCUGUCUGUG